CUCAGUUUGGAGUCUUUACUAUUCAUUGAAUGCAUACAUCAACCUCUGAGGAAAGAAUUCCUGUAAACACAUCUAUUUUGCUUUAAGUGUUUAAAAAUGUCUGAUAAGAAAAUAAUUAUGAACAGAGCCCAUUAUAUUGAGAAGCUACUCUCUGAAAACAGUUUCCAAGAUAUUGGAAAUCACCUUACAGAACUUGAAGCUGUUGAUAUGACUAUAGAAUAUCUUCAGGAGACUGAUGUUGCCAAAGCUGUGUACAGAGUCCUCCAGAACUGUCCUGCAAUAACAUUGAAAAAGAAAGCAAAGCAUUUAUUAUCAAAGUGGAAGAUACUUUACAAGAAUAACUAUCUUUCAUCGAUACAAGGUAAAAAGUCAGUUUCUGAGAGUGUGAAAGAGCACAAUGAAUAUUUCAGUGUGAGUCCACAAGAACAAACUGAGUUUUCUGAAGAACUGAAUCAGCAUGAAAUGUUAGAUGCUGCUGGCUCUAACAGUUUGCUAACAUCACAAAACGUUCCAAAAGAUGAAGUGUAUAAUGAGCCAAAAAGCAGUGUGAAUCAACUGGGUCUUUUAGAAGAACAGCGCACUGAUAAUGAAGACACUAAACCUGCUGGCAGUGAAAUAAGCCCACAGCAAGAACAUGUGAAGGCCAUGAGGUUGAAAUGCACAGAACUUAUUUAUAAAGCCUUGACUGAUUCUGCCACAAGCAAAGAGGAAGCCAAUAAGCGGCAAGAAUUAUCCAAAGAAAUUGAAGAGCGUAUUUUUGCUCUUCAUGCUAGAAAUGACAAAAAGUACAAAAAUUGUAUCAGAAGCAAAGUCUCUAACUUGAAGAAUCCUAAAAAUUUCCACUUAAAACAUAACCUAUUUUCAGGGACUGUGAGUCCAAAGACUUUUGCUGAGAUGACAGUGAUGGAAAUGGCCAAUGAUGAACUGAAACAACUCAGGGCUUUGUACACAGAAUCAUCUGUUCAGGAACAUCAGCUUCCCCAAGUUAUUGAUGGCACACAGACCGACAAAAUAAAAUGUAGGCGCUGUGAAAAAUUUGAUUGCACUGUCACUAUGAUUGCCAGGGGAACUCUCUUCCUUCCUAGUUGGGUGCGAAAUGCAAAUCCAGAUGAACAAAUGAUGACUUACGUUAUUUGUAACGAAUGUGGAGAGCAGUGGUACCACAGCAGAUGGGUUUGUUUGUGA